GUCCAACGACCCAGCAGCAUUAACCACCUCCGUACAACCAAAAUCCUUUUUCGUUCCUCUUCUCAAACCCACAGUUUUGUUCUAAAAAAAGAAAGAAGGGAGAAAAACCCAGAGUUUUCCCCCAUUCCUUUCAAACAAAAAAUUCAAUACUACCCUUUUAUCAUUCUGAUUCCCGCUAACUCAGACCAAUAAUUAAGUCCCAAUACAGCUCUGGAGGUGAUAUCCUUAUCAUGCACAAAUAUUUUUACACUCUAGACGAUGAAAUAUGGAACAGGAAAAUAAAAUGAGUGAGCAUUCCAUGAAUGGGAUUAAUGGUGAUGGGUUUAAAGCACAGAGCUCUGAUUUUUUUAGAAGGCACAACUCUGAAACACAUCUUGCUCCAAGUAAAUUAAAAGAUGGAAAUUUUGAUUUUCAAAGUCCAGAGGCUAAGGAACUUCAUUUGCGAGUUAGUGCUCAAAAAGAGGAGAUUCGACGGCUUCGUGAACAAAUUGCUGUUGAAUGUGUGAAGGAAUUACAGCUCCUGAAUGAGAAAUGUGCAUUGGAGAGGAAAUUCUCUGACUUGCGGAUGGCAAUUCAUGAAAAGCAAAACGAAUCCAUCACUUCUGCCUCAAAUGAAUUGGCUAGCAGAAAAGCUGACCUUGAAGAAAAUUUAAAGUUGACCCAUGAUUUAAAGGCUGCGGAGGAUGAGAGAUACAUCUUCAUGUCAUCCUUGCUUGGGCUGUUGGCUGAACAUGGUCUUUGGCCCCAUGUUGUAAAUGCAUCUGCCAUUACCAGCAGUGUGAAGCAUCUACAUGAUCAGUUAGAAUGGAAGAUCAGAACUUCACAUGAUAGAAUUAGAGAGUUGACAGGUGUUCUGGGAACUCAUGCUGGAGGCGGAUCUCAUGAAAAAGAUAGGCCAAAUUCUGGAAUUUUGAAAAAUCAAAAUCCUCAUAGAUCCACGGCUAGUCAUGGCUUUUCUCCCACUAAUCACCAUAUGGAUGAGCAACAUCAUAUGCCACCUGAGACUAUGCUGAGAUACAUGCAUGAUAGUGAUCACACUGUGAAAAAUUUAGGGUUCAAUGAUCUGGGGCAACAGCGAUUGAGCAAUGGCAAUUCGCAGGAGUUCUUGUUCCAUUCUGAUAGAGGCGGUGCUGGCCCUAAUCCUGAUAGGGCAUUUGACAAAGGUUUUGUAAGAGUUGGGCCUGAGGAUAUGACCAAUGAUGCCUUGUAUCAGCCUGAUGAGAUGGCCUCCCAAGGUUCUGAAGAUUGGCCUGGAAUUGAGGGGUUUCAGAUAAUUGGUGAUGCUACACCAGGAGAAAAGCUUCUAGGAUGCGGAUUUCCUGUACGAGGAACUACACUUUGUAUGUUUCAGUGGGUACGUCAUCUUCAGGAUGGCACCAGGCAGUAUAUUGAGGGAGCUACAAAUCCAGAAUACGUUGUCACGGCUGACGAUGUUGAUAAACUGAUUGCUGUUGAGUGCAUACCAAUGGAUGACCAAGGCCGUCAGGGGGAACUAGUGAGGCUUUUUGCUAAUGAUCAGAACAAAAUAAAAUGUGACCCAGAAAUGCAAAAUGAGAUCGACUCGUUCAUUUCCGGUGGCCAAGCUAUAUUUACCGUUCUAUUGCUGAUGGAUUCUUCUGAGAAUUGGGAGCCAGCAACACUGACUUUGAGACGGGCAAGUUACCAAAUUAAGAUCAAUAGCACAGAAGCUGUGGAAAUUUCGGAGAAAUAUUCAAAAGAAUUAUCGAUUAAAGUACCAAGUGGGCUCUCUACACAAUUUGUUUUGACAUGUUCUGAUGGGUCUUCACGUCCCUUCAGCACAUAUAAUGUUCGAAUGCGGGAUACACUUGUUUUGACCAUGAGAAUGUUCCAGAGCAAGGCCUUGGAUGACAAGAGAAAAGGAAGAGCAUAGGCACUACUUAGUUUGAGUAUAGCUUUAGCCCUAUAGUAAUUAUUCUUUUUUUUUUCCUUAAAUAGAAUUUGGGAGGAAAAUAAACACGUCAAUGUUUGUAUCCUAGUUUGAAACAAUAAUGAAAGAACAGUUCUAUAGAUCUUGUUCUUAUGUUGUAUUUUAGAUUUCAUUGUUUAGUCCACUUCUAGGAAUAUCUAUCAUUAGAUCAACAUAUUGUCAAACUAGUUAAGCUGCGAGGCAAAAAGCACGGCUCGGAACUAGAAGAUGGUGUAAAACAAGUAACUGAAGCGGCUGCUUUUGAAACCGGGUUGCUGAAUUUCCUCAAUUUGUAAGUGUUCCUAAACAAUCUUAACUAUAUGUCAUUGGAAGGCAAAUGCUGUGGCUCCAUCCAGAAAGGGUGUCGGAUUCGGUCGGCUUUUUAUGCUUUGGUUUGUAAGUAAUAGCAUAUAAAUUCACUGUUUCUUAAGAUUUUGAUUUCAAGCAUUUUGGGAUUGAUACUAUUGAGAUAUUUUAAGUGGAAGUUUUGAGUUGGCAAAUCA